AUGCCGUCAGUCCCAGCCCCGGCGCCCGUGACAGUUUUCGCAACCGUAUCCGCUCCGGCGCCAGUACCAGCACCAGUAGCAUUGGCCGCGCAAGCACCGGCCCAAGCACCGGCUCAAGCACCGGCUCAAGCGGUAGCACCCUCAGUGCAGGAGCCAGCGGCGACUUUUGCGGCAACGUCUCCCGUCUCGGCAGACAUUGUGAGACGGCUGAAGACUAUGGGUUUCCAAGAAGAGCAAGCCCGAAGAGCCGCGGCGCGAUUCCAGGACGAUUUCGAACGAGCCCUCGAGUACUGCCUGCUCCACUGA